UCUCUAGAACUAACUCACUGCCACGCAUCACAUUGAAGUGGUAAUACAUACCAGCAACCAUUUUAAUCUGAGCUUCUUUCUCACCGAUAUUUCCCCUUAGAUAUAUUUCUUCAUCUUUCGAGCCCAGAUUUUGGCUGGCUUUUCCUCUUUUUCUCCCACAUUUUGGAGUGCACUGCACAGAAUAUAAUUCAUCUCAUUUCUCCGUCCAAAUCCUCAACACCGACAAUGAGUUCUCCUUUGAGAAAUGAGAUAAUUGUGAUGAAUCUCCCUCGACAACUACCUGUGGAGGGUGAGUCGUCAGCGUUUUUAUCGACGCAGGCAAUACAACGAGUAAAUUUACCGCCACUAUGGUAUCUAGGUGUAGUUCCCCAGGAAAAUGGCUAUUGGGUUGCUCAAAUCUUAUGUAUUGACCGUCUUAUAUCGCUAGGAACAUUCAAUUCUGAAGUAGCCGCGGCGCGAGCUUACGAUACUGCGGCCAUAACACAGUACGGCGAUGAAUUCUUCCGUAACUUUUUAUUAACGAGUGUCACUAUUCAUGAACCUUCUUUUCAAAGCAAUUACUCCAAUGAAACCAUUGUUGAAAUGAUUAGAAAUGGCUCUUACGAACUCAAGUUGAUCCAUUUUGUUUCGAAUCACCCUCGUAACUACCACUACCGUGGCCCUAUAGAAAUGCCUUCUUGCAUGGACGCCAUCCAAGAAGUCUUUUACAAAAAAAUGUUUCAUAAAGAGCUGACUUUGACUGAUCUCGAGCAUCAAAAAGUAUUGAUUUUACCCAUUGAUGCUCGGCCCUUCUUUCCACGAGUAAGGUCCAAUAGAGUCCAAUUUUGGCUUGAGUUUAAAGACAGAAUGAAUCGAACAUGGGCAUUUCAAUACUUUUACUGGUCUCGUUUUCAGAGAUCUAUACUUACUAGGGGUUGGAGCAAGUUUGUAAGUGAGAUGCAGCUUCGUGCUGACGACAUUGUCGUCUUUUAUCAAUGUUGGGACCGGAGAACGCAUCCUGAAGAAACUUUUGAUAUGGUUGACAUCAUCCGAGGACUUAGAAUCACCCGGGACGAACUGCAGGGCUUAAGCUGACAUCCAUGCCUUUGAUUGAAUGCAAAACGUUCCGUCUAUCAAGUAUCUAGCAGUGUGUUAUUCUUUUUCAAAAAUUUAGGAAGAAACUUUUUAAUGAAGACAAAUAUAUUAUUUUAUGGCGCAAUUCGUACUCGGUAAUAAGAUU